AUGAAUUCAGUGCGCCGCUGUGUUUCAAAGCGUCAAGUCAGAUCUAAUUGAUUCAUGUUAUGCGAACGAAAGCCUAAACGAAAUUAAAGUGUUGUGAAAUCUGAUAUCUGAUAUUUCUAAUGUUGCUAAUGGAUUAUUAAGGAAGUGAUUAAAGUGUAUAGCGUCAUAUAAUUAAACAGCAAUGAGAAAAAUACUGCUGUUGUUUUGUAUAGCAUGGUUCUCAAAUGAAGGACUUUCUUUGUCACUUGAUCCAGUUGCUUCAAAUGAACUGGAAACGUACAUAAAAAAUGAUUUCAUAAUUUCUCUCAGACAUAUAAGGCCUCGACGAAAAUAUCGUCUUGCGAUAGAGGCGCUAUUUAUGAUUGAUUUCCCCACCGCAAAAAAUAAGUUUUCCUUUUAUUUAGAUCGCAAAGGCAAAAGAGUAACUGUUGAUAUCAACUCAAAUGCCAACGCAUAUUCGAAAUAUCUGGAAAUCCCUGGAAUGAAUGAGACGACCACUAUUCGAUCACUGGCAAUACUGUUUAGUCAUACUUCAUUGGUGCUCUUUAUAGAUUGCAAAGAAGGAGCGAAGCUAGAUUUAGAUAUAGAUAUUUCAAAACUGUACCUGAACCUCGACGAUCCGAAUGUUAAAUUGUUUAGAGAACGCAAGUAUCCAUUACAUUUGGAUUCAUCUGUAGAGAAUGCACUUUCAAGAACAAGUUGCCAAAAUUUGCUGAAACGGAAACAUGUGAAAAAGGCUGGAUCCGCCGAAAAACUUCUCAAAAAUAAGAAAUCCAUCUACGAACAAGCGGAAGACGGCGUAUCCUAUGAGCGAAAUAAGAAACGGGAUGUUCGCAACUGGUACCGAGGUAAUGAAAAAUAUCGAGAGGAACGCUUCGAGGCCAGAAAUACAAAUACAAGAGGUGAUAUUCCGAUCAUGCAUGGAGAUUGUGAUGAAAAUCUCGCAAGGUCACUUAAUGAGCUUAUUCAAAUGGUAAGGGAAUUGCGCGAAGAAGUCAGGAGGCAACGCGAAGAAAUUCAGCAGCUAAGAAAUUUAAUUGAGAAUUGUGCGGGUUGCCAGAAAGCGCCAGAACCUCUUCGAGAGAACUGUCAGCAUAACAAUCCCUGUUUUCCAGGUGUUCAAUGUUAUGAUACACAAAGCGGGGUAAGGUGUGGACAUUGCCCUCGAGGAUAUGUUGGCGAUGGAAUAAACUGUAAACCUGGAGUCACUUGUGCCGAAAGACCAUGUUUCUCUGGCGUCCAAUGCUACGACACAACUGAAGGUGCCCAAUGUGGACCAUGCCCCGAUCGUUAUGAAGGAGACGGUCGAACUUGUCGAAUGAGGAAUCCGUGUGAUGAUCACAUUUGUGCUGCAGGUGUUCAAUGUACUAUGCUUGAUCAUGCACCUUUCUAUAAAUGUGGGGCGUGCCCGGUUGGAUACAAAGGAAAUGGAACGGUGUGUCAAGACAUCGAUGAGUGCGAUCUUAUUGAACCUUGUGAUGUGCGCGUUCGCUGUACAAAUCUAGUUCCCGGAUUCCGCUGUGAACCUUGCCCACCUGGAUUUACUGGAUUACACAGCGGCGGUUUACAUGCAGCUACUUUUGAGUACGCCCUGCAACGGCAAAGAUGUAAUGACAUCGAUGAAUGUGCGGAUGGAUCAGCGCGCUGUGGCUCCAAUGCCGUGUGUAUUAACACAGAGGGUGCCUUUGAAUGCCAGUGCAACAGGGGUUUUGUUCGCAAUUCCACUUAUGGUUGUUUCGCUGUAGAAGGAAUGUGCUUAGAUGGUACAGUUUGUGACAAAAAUGCCAUCUGUCGUCAUGCCGGUAGUAACACGUACAAAUGUAAAUGCAAAGUUGGAUGGGCAGGUGAUGGUUUUCACUGCGCACCGGAUAGAGAUCUAGAUGGAUGGGCAGACUACGAUCUUGGGUGUGCCGAUAGCAGAUGUCGCCAAGAUAAUUGUGUGUAUGUUCCUAACUCCGGCCAAGAAGAUGCCGACCAAGAUGGUAUAGGCGAUGCCUGCGAUCAAGAUGCGGACAACGAUGGCGUGAUGAACAGUCCUGAUAACUGCCCGUUAGUACAUAAUCCAGAUCAGCUUGACACCGAUAAAGAUGGAGGAGAUAAACAAGGUGACGCAUGUGAUAAUUGUCCGACCAUAGCAAAUAUAGACCAACAUGAUGUUGAUAGAGAUGGCAUCGGUGAUGCAUGUGAUCCUGAUAUAGAUAAUGAUGGAAUAUUGAACGAGCGGGAUAAUUGUCCAAAGAAAGCGAACGCUAACCAGUUAGACAGUGAUGGAGACGGAAUAGGUGAUGUUUGUGAUAAUUGUCCGGCGGUUUCAAACGUUAACCAGAUGGAUUCUGACAACGAUCUGAUAGGCGAUGCUUGCGAUAGUGAUAUUGACAGGGAUCGUGAUGGUGUACAAGAUAGUAGAGAUAACUGUCCUAAGCUAGCUAAUUCAGAUCAAUUGGAUACUGAUGGAGAUGGAAGAGGUGAUUUAUGUGAUCCAGAUGCAGACAACGAUGGAAUACUAAAUGCCGAAGAUAACUGCCCAAUUGUAUAUAAUCCCGAUCAAAUGGAUGCUAACAAUGACGGCGUAGGUGAUAUUUGUGAAGAAGAUUUCGACUUGGAUAAAAUUCCUAAUUACUUGGAUAACUGUCCAAAUAAUUCAAAAAUCUUUUCAACCGACUUUAGAACAUAUCAAACUGUUGUGUUGGACCCAGAAGGCGAUUCACAGAUUGAUCCCAAUUGGGUUAUUUAUAACAAAGGAGCUGAAAUCGUUCAAACCCAAAACAGCGAUCCUGGUUUGGCAGUAGGUUAUGAUGCUUUUGGAGGCGUUGAUUUCGAGGGAACAUUCUUCAUUGAUACAGAAAUAGAUGAUGAUUAUGUUGGAUUUAUAUUCAGUUAUCAAGAUAAUCACAAAUUUUAUGCUGUUAUGUGGAAAAAGAAUAUACAAACUUAUUGGCAAGCAACCCCUUUCCGAGCAUCUGCCGAGCCAGGGAUACAACUGAAGCUGAUAGAUAGCAAUACAGGACCAGGACAAAUGCUAAGAAACAGUUUGUGGCAUACAGGUGAUACAAAAGACCAAGUCAAAUUACUAUGGAAGGAUCCACGAAAUGUUGGCUGGAAAGAACGAACAGCGUAUCGUUGGUUACUUUUACAUCGUCCAAAAAUAGGAUUAAUUCGAUUGAGAGUAUUUGAUGGCGAAAAAAUGGUUGCUGAUUCUGGAAAUAUCUAUGACAAUACAUUAAAAGGUGGACGUCUUGGAGUUUUCUGCUUUUCACAAGAAAUGAUCAUUUGGUCUGAUCUAGUGUAUAGAUGCAAUGAUAAUGUUCCUGAAGCAAUUUACAAAGAACUGCCUCCUCGUCUCCAAAAAGAAGUUCAAAUAGAUUAUAAAACGUAACAAGGUAAUUAGUUCAUAUAUUAGUGUGCAAUUCGGAAUAAUAAACCAACUGACAGUGAAUAGAAUAAGACGAUAUAUGAUCAAGUUUAUGGGAACAAUAAAAAAAUAAUUAUACUAAA